UCAACACAGGUUAGUGGUGCAGACAACAGGUGUGCACAGUUUACACAGACCAGAGUGCUCUCAGUCUAACAGCUGCCAAGAUUCACAGAUUGAGAGAGUCUCUCCUGAGCCUUUGGGAAUCAGCAGCAGAGAAUAAGGCCUAACAAUGGCCAACUUCGGAGGACAUGCCAUUCCUGGCUCUUUCUUCCUGCUCUUUGGCUUCUGGCUCACAGUGAAAUACAUCCUUCAACACCACUGGAGGACAAGUCAGCCUAAAGGAAGACGGUUUAUCCCGCCUUUCUUUAGAAAGAUGGCCUACAUGGAGGGAGGAUUACAAAUCUUUGCUUCAUUUGUUGGUAUUAUGGUUGAACAGUUUGUGGUGGAUGGGCCGCAUGCCCACCUCUACGACACAAAGAGCAACUCAUGGGUCAAGCUGAUGAACUGGCAGCACGGCACAAUGUAUCUGUUCUUUGGGAUCUCAGGAAUAGCACUGAUCGCUACUACUGCAUCCAAACUGGUGCCAACUGGUGCUGACCGCCUUGCUCUCUCCUUGGCUCUUUUUGUCGAAGGGUUUCUGUUCUACUACCAUGUGCACAGUCGGCCCCCUCUGGACGCUCACAUUCACACCCUGCUGCUUUUUCCUGUGUUCAUGGGAUCAGCCAGCAUCAUGUUGGAGGUGUUCAUAAGAGACAACAUUAUCUUGGAACUGUUUGGGGCGUGCAUGUUCAUCCUGCAGGGCUCGUGGUUCUACCAGAUUGGAUUUGUACUUUACCCACCAAGUGGACCGGAGUGGGACCUGCAACAACAUGGCAACAUCAUGUUCGUCACAAUGUGCUUCUGCUGGCAUUUGGCUGUGGCCCUGCUUUUAGUCACCUGCGCCUCCUCUGUGGUUGGGUUCACAGUGAAGCGACUCUCUGGACGGGGACGGGACAUAGAGAUUGGAAUGCGAAAUACAUCCUCCAAAGCGAGCACCCAGAAAGCUUUGCUUGAAGAGUCGGAUGAAGAGUGAAUGCAUGUGCAUGUUCUUUUCAAAUUUUACUUCACUUUGAUUUCAUUUUCUGUGUUGAUGGUCUGUGAGACCAAGUCUGUGGUUUUGUAAAAAGUACUUUAGAUUUUUUUGUAAAAAAAAAAAAAAAGAGAAAAAAAUAAAACACAAAUCUGUU